CGAUAUAUCUGAGCCCACUCCAUCAUCAAGUUACUACCUACAAAACGAAACGAAACGAACCUGGAAGAGCACUCUUCCUCCACUUGGACUCCAGUAAUUUAGCAAUGGAGGUGAGCAACAUGUAAAGAGAUUUAUCGUCUUCUAAUCAAGCAUUCAUCAUCAAAACUACGAUAUCAAACCAUCGAGAAGUACAUUGCAGAGCAAAUUAAAGCAGACAAAGUUGCAAAACUAUGAAGAGGCGGAGCCUCCCCGCGCCGUCUGCAGUGGUCGCCGCGGCCGCAGUCGUCUUCUGCCUCUCUGCCGCGGCCCUACCGCCGACGGCUGCAGCCGUCGUCGAGCACACCUUCAUUGUGAGCCAGGUGAAUAUGACGCACUUGUGCAAGGAGACGCUGGUCGCCGUGGUGAACGGGCAGCUCCCGGGGCCGACGAUAGAGGUCACAGAGGGAGACUCAGUGGCCGUUCAUGUCGUCAACAAGUCACCCUACAACAUGACAAUCCAUUGGCAUGGAGUGAAGCAGUGGCUCAACUGUUGGGCCGAUGGGGUGCCGAAGAUUACCCAAUGCCCCAUCCUGCCGAACCACAACUUCACCUACCGGUUCGACGUCGCCGGGCAGGAAGGCACCCUGUGGUGGCACGCUCACGUCCCCUGUCUCCGGGCGACCGUGCAUGGGGCCUUGGUUAUCCGGCCGAGACUCGGGCCCGGAUCCUACCCGUUUCCUAUGCCGCACAAGGAGAUCCCCAUCAUUAUAGGGGAGUGGUGGCAGGUGGACCUUGCACAGGUGGGCUUCCACUUGAAGAACUAUAUGAGUGAUGAUUACUUUAGUGCAUCCACAAUCAAUGGCAAGCUUGGAGAUUCCUACAACUGCUCUGGCGCCAUGGAAGAUGGCUACGUGCUGGACGUGGAGCCCCGCAAGACCUACCUGCUACGAGUCAUCAACGCUGCGCUCUUCUCCGAGUACUACCUCAAGAUCGCCGGGCACAAGUUCACAGUCGUCGCCGCCGAUGCCAACUAUGUCAGCCCCUACACCACGGACGUCCUUGCGAUCGCGCCCGGUGAGACGGUGGACGCCCUUGUGGUCACCGACGCGCACCCCGGCAGAUACUACAUGGUCGCCCUGCCCAGCCAGGCGCCGAAGCCCGACCCCCAGAGCCCAGUGUUCAUCAGCAGAGGCACAGUGCAGUAUAGCAACAGCCACAUCCCUGGCAAUGGCGCAGCAGUAGUCCUGAGCUCAUUUCGCGGUGAAGAAGGAGGAGGAGGAGGAGGUCCAGCCGACGAUGUGCCAGCAGUGGCACCUGAGAUGCCUGACACGCAUGACUCGAUGACAUCAUUCUACUUCCGUGGCAACCUGACCAACGUGCGGCGCCCGUCGGUACCGACGCGAGUUGACGAGCGCCUAUUCAUCACACUUGGCCUUAGCUCCGUCUGCCGGCGAGGCCAGUCCUGCAAGAAGAGCGACGACGAUGACAACUACAUGGUCGUGGCGACCAUGAACAACAUCUCCUUCCAGCUCCCCGAAGCGACGACACCACUGCUCCAACUGCACUACUACAACAUCAGCGGCAAGGACACGUUGCAAGAACUUCCUGACAGGCCACCGACGGCCUUCAACUACACCGACCGCGCUUUGAUCCGGUCGGGACCCAAGGAGGCGCAGCUAGAGCCGACGUCCAAGGGCACGAUGGCACGGCGGUUCCGGCAGGGAGCAUCGGUGGAGGUGGUGUUCCAGAGCACGGCGAUGAUGCAGAGCGAGUCCAACCCAAUGCACCUACAUGGGCACGACAUGUUCGUGCUCGCGCAAGGUCACGGCAACUAUGACGCGGCCAAGGAUGUGGCGAGCUACAACCUUGUGGAUCCGCCAGCGAGGAACACCGUGCAAGUCCCGAGGCUCGGAUGGGUCGCCGUUCGAUUUGUCGCGGACAAUCCAGGGAUAUGGUUCAUGCAUUGUCACUUUGAGUUCCAUCUGUCUAUGGGCAUGGCGGCAUUGUUCAUCGUAGAAGAUGGGCCAACAGUGGACACAUCCCUUCCCCCACCGCCUGCAGAUAUUCUUACAUGUGACCCUAAUGAUGGUCUUAUGCCAAACGAAUUCUACCUCCAAACUAAGGAAAGUGAAGUCCCAAACAUAGAUGGAGUUUAGAAGAUAAUUUCGACCACUGGCUUUCAAAUAAACCAAAUAAACUUAUGAAUUAUGAACGUGUAUUUGAAAUAAAAUAUGAAACUAUAACCGUUCUAAAUAUUCAUCAGUAUGAUGUUCACCUACGCAUAUUUUUUUUUAUCCAAAUUGUAUCUGUACGACAUUCAUCCGUGACUUUUGUUGCUAUAUUUCAAGAACUUUCGUAAUCUCUCA